AUGGACGAGAAAUUCUCAGACUCCAAGGGUGAAUUCAAACUCUCUGGUAACAAGAAAGAGCUCACCACUAUCGACCCAAAAGUAAACAUCUAUCACAAGUGCAAUUACGAUGGGCUUUGUUUCAAGAAAAUAUCCGUCAAGAUCCCCAAGAACUACGUCACGGAAGGUGAAACACCAGACAAAGUGUUUGACAUCGGAGAACUCAACCUUGCUGGAGCAUUCUCUGGCCAAAGUACUGAUUGUCUUAACUAA